ACAUAUGUUUUCACAUAUACGCUCUGCCUCUUCCAAAGUCACAUCCAUCUUUCAAUGGCUUUCUCUUCAGCUCACCUCAACCACCACCAACCUUUGAUCAAGCACGGUGGAGCCACGGCGGCGCCUCCUCCGACCCCGUCAUGCUCACAUCUCAACACCACCAGCAAAUCGGAGACAGCAGUUGACGCUCUCUCCAGUCUUUUCCACCGUCUCCCUCCUUUGCUUUCACUCCCCAACCGUCGCUCCAUCCCUUCUCUUCCGAUGGUAUCUCUCUCCGCCGGAGAUAGACUUGAAUGGGACGAUCUUAUCUCCGCCGUGACUGAUUUCGGCUAUUUCCAACUCAUUAACGAUGACUCCGAUAUUCUUUUCCCUCCUGGGAUCGCUGAAGCAGCCGAGUCUGACUCACUCUCGCUCUUAGAGCUCAGUGAAGAGAAGAAGGAAUCAUCGUUUCCGAAGAAAUGGCCGCUAGGCUACGAAGCCGAUGCUGAAACGCCAUCGUUUUGCCUUGACGCCGACUGUUCAACCGACUCGAGCGAGUUAAAUCUGAGUUCGCUCCGUGAGUUCACUCGGACUCUAGAGAAAGUUGGACUGAAGACGGUAGAGAUGCUGGCGAAUGCACUUGGGUUUGGAUAUGAUUCAACCCGGUUUAAUACUCUGAUGUGGGUUAACCAAGGUGUUCCUGAUGAUGAACCGGAGGUAACCAACGGAUUUUAUCCUUUUGUUGUUUGUUUACAGUAUCAGAUAAGGGAACAGAAGUAUUGUUUGCUAACCGAGUCUGGUUGGGUGUCCGUUUUACCCCGAGUUGACUCGGUUCUUGUGACGUUGGGUGACAUUGCUCAGGUUUGGAGAAAUGGAGAGGUCAAAAGAGUGAAAUAUCGACCAGUGUUGUGUUCAGGACAAAAAGAUGGUCCAGUAAAGUGUGUAACAAUGACAUUGAUGCUUACACUUCCCAUGGACAGUAUGGUUUCAUCAUUGAAGGAUAUGAUCAGUGACGGCGACAAAGAAGAAGAGUAUGCAGAGGAGGAGGAAGAAGAUGGAGGAGCAAGAAGUGAUGAGAGAAGGGCAUUUAGGCCUUUUAGUUUCAAGGAGUACGCAUGGAGAGUGUACCAAGAACGUCUCUUCUUCAGGGAUCCACUUGACAGAUACAGAAUCAAAUCUUUAAAAGAUUGACGAACCGAUGUUUGAUUUGUUUGUUUCUUUCUUGGGUUGAAUUGGUACUAUAGUUCUUGUUGUUACUUUUUUUCCCCCAUAAAAUCUUUUGAUUUUCAGCGGAUUGUUAGCAUUUUAGCAUUGAGAUAUUUUUGUUUUUGUUCGAUUCAGUUCAGAGAAUGUUCUAUUUUGAUAGUCACUCC